AUGGCCUCCCCACAAAGAGAAGGAUUUACUAUCCCAUCAUCUAUCUCACACGCAGCUCAAGGUCAAGUUCAAAACAAGUCUCUUGGAGUUAAAUAUAACUGUGCACAAUGUGGUGCUUCAUUUGCAUUAAGUAAGAGUGAUGCCAUUAGAUGUAAAGAAUGUGGUCACAGAGUUAUAUAUAAAGCAAGAACCAGAAGAAUGGUACAAUUUGAAGCAAGAUAA